AUGCCUUCAAUCUUGCUUUUCGGUGUAACGGGCCUCGUUGGCUGCAAGUUCCUCCUUGCUUCUCACGUUGUUUUGGCCCUCAAGGAAGAAUAUCCUAAUCUUCCGGUCACGGUUUUCUUGCGCAACAACGCCCUCGAUGUGUACCUAUACGAGACAGCCGGUGUUCAACGGAUCGUACAUGGUACUUUCGACGAGAGGGACAAGAUCAUCGCAUUGGCCAAAGAACACGAUGUCGUAAUCAACGUGGGUUCGUCGUGGGAUGUGCCCUUGAGUGAGGCGAUCGUGGAAGGGUUGAAUCAGCAGCCGGAAACGAAGAAGAAAACGCUCAUGCAUAUGAGUGGAGCUGGUAAUUUUGUGGAUAAAAGGUGGACGGAUGGGGCGUUCCACCCCGAAGCGAAGAUCUGGGAUGACAACAAUCCGGAAGACAUGAAGCUAAUCAAUCCUUCUAUGCUCAACGGUGGGCCUGACACUGUGAUUUUAAACGCCGGCAAACGAGGCAAGAUCGGAACCUAUAUUGUCUUUCCCUCAGGAAUAUAUGGCGAAGCCGCAGGCCCAGUUCCAGCCUUGGGAGUGGUCCAAUUGAUCUUCCGCGAGAAAGCCAAAGAGCUGGGAUUUGUGCCAUAUAUCGGAGAGGGAAGUGCCAUCUUCAACUGCCUCCAUGUCAACGCCAUAGCCCCAUUCAUGCUGAAGGUGUUGGAUCUUGCAUUGCAGGACGAUACUCCUCAAGGGUCUGUCUACGAGCGAUGCUUCCUGAUUGGCGGGGAGGAAAUUCCCUGGAAGAAUGCGUCUGAGGCUUUUGCGAAGGUUCUGCAUACUGAAGGACUCGUCCCAAGCCCUCAAGCCAGAAGUGUGACUUUGGAGGAAGCAGGCGAGGGCGAGUUGCCAAUGCUGAUGGCAAGCAAUGUCAUGUUUGCAUCACGUCGGGCAGAGAAGCUAGGUUACAAGCACAACGAAGUUGGGCUGGUCGAAUUCUUGAGCCAGUCGAGAUAA